CACCAUACCACUCUUCAACGGUCAAGAUUCCUUUCGCGUCUAUCCGUCAAACCAAUCUCCACCGUUGGAUCUUCCACCCUCUUUCAUAAUCUCAAACCUAACCUCGGUUAAGUUUUUGGUCAGCUUGGUUUAGCUUUUCCUCUGUUUUUAUUUCCACAGAGAAAAAAAGAGUUCCUUUGCUUUGCUUGCGUGAUCUCUCUGCUCUCUCUCUCUCUCUCUCUCUCUCUCUCUCUUGAUCAUCUCAUCAUCAUUGGACUCGAAGAAGCUGUUCAGAGUUUUAUCCUUAGAUUCGAUUCAUCAUUCUCAAAGUUUGGUGUUCAACUCGUUCCUCGUAGAUCUAGCUUCUCUAUCUCCCUGUAGAUCUGAAUCUAAAAGCUUCAGUGUCGUAAUAGAGUUGAAGAUCUCGUGGACUCAAUUCAUCUUUCUUCACCAAGCUCGAGACUUUCAGUAACCUCUCUGUUCUCGAGCUUAGCUACUCUGUUUCUUAAAAGUCAAAGUCUCUUCCUUUCCAGUGAAUGAACAGAGCUCUCUGUUUUCGAGCUUAGCUACUCUGUUUCUUAUAGUCAAAGUCUCUUCCUUUUUGGUGAAUGAACAGAGCUCUCUGUUUUCGAGCUUAGCUCCUCUGUUUCUCAAAGUCAAAGUCUCUUCCUUUUUAGUGGAUGAACAGAGCUCUCUGUUCUUGAGCUUACCUCCUCUGUUUCUCAAAGUCAAAGUCUCUUCCUUUCUAGUGAAUGGACAGAGCAAUCAAGCUCCAGCUAUCUACCUCUGAGAUGAACUACUUCCCAGACGAGGUAAUCGAGCACAUUUUCGACUUCAUCCCAUCCCACAGAGACAGAAACUCAAUCUCUCUGGUCAGCAAAUCAUGGCACAAGAUCGAGAGAUACAGCAGGCACCAAGUGUUCAUCGGAAACUGCUACGCCAUCAGCCCGGAGAGGCUAAUCAGGAGGUUCCCCUGUCUCAGAUCCUUGACUCUCAAAGGGAAGCCUCACUUCGCUGACUUCAACUUGGUUCCUCACGAGUGGGGUGGCUUCCUCCACCCUUGGAUCGACGCUCUAUCCAAGGCCCGUGUGGGUCUCGAGGAGCUCAGGUUGAAGAGGAUGGUUGUCUCAGACGAAAGCCUCGAGCUUCUUUCUCGUUCCUUUGUGGGUUUCAAGUCUUUGGUGCUUGUUAGCUGUGAUGGGUUUACCACUGAUGGCUUAGCUUCAAUUGCUGCUAACUGCAGGCAUCUUCGUGAGCUGGACUUGCAAGAGAAUGAGAUAGAUGAUCACAGAGGUCAAUGGCUAAACUGUUUCCCAGACAGUUCCACCACUCUUGUCUCGUUGAACUUCGCUUGUCUCAAAGGAGAAACCAAUCUCUCUGCGUUAGAGAGACUGGUUGCAAGGUCACCGAACCUGAAGAGCUUGAAGGUGAACCGUGCGGUGCCUCUUGAUGCAUUGACGAGGCUAAUGAGCUGCGCGCCGCAGCUGGUUGACUUGGGAGUAGGGUGUUAUGAGAAUGAGGCGGAACCUGAAUCUUUUGAGAAGCUCAUGGCUGCUAUAAAGAAAUGCACUUUGUUGAGGAGCUUGUCUGGCUUCUCAGAGGUUGCUCCGGUUUGUCUCACGGCGUUCUAUCCGAUAUGUGAGAACCUCACCUCCUUGAAUCUCAGCUAUGCAGCUGAGAUCCAAGGCAACCAUCUCAUAGAGUUUGUUCAGUUUUGCAAGAGACUUCAGCUGUUAUGGAUACUGGAUAGUAUUGGAGACAAAGGACUAGAGAUUGUUGCUUCCUCAUGUAAAGAGUUACAAGAGCUGAGAGUGUUCCCUUCUGAUCCACACGAUGAAGAAGACAACAACACAGCUGUCACUGAGAUUGGACUAGUUGCAAUCUCUGCUGGUUGUCCUAAACUACAUUCCAUUCUCUACUUCUGCAAACAGAUGACAAACGCAGCGCUCAUCACCGUGGCGAAAAACUGUCCAAACUUCAUCCGGUUCAGGCUGUGCAUCCUAGAGCCAAACAAACCUGACCACAUCACAUCUCAGUCACUAGACGAAGGCUUUGGUGCGAUUGUACAAGCCUGCAAGGGUCUAAGAAGACUCUCUGUCUCCGGUCUUUUAACAGACAAAGUCUUCCUCUACAUCGGCAUGUACGCAGAACAGCUUGAGAUGCUGUCCAUAGCCUUUGCGGGGGACACGGACAAAGGAAUGCUAUAUGUGUUGAACGGAUGCAAGAAGCUGAGGAAGCUGGAGAUAAGAGACAGUCCGUUUGGGAACGCGGCGCUUCUUGCUGAUGUUGGCAAGUACGAAACAAUGCGAUCCCUUUGGAUGUCGUCUUGUGAAGUAACGCUCGGUGGAUGCAAGAGGCUUGCUAGGAACGCGCCGUGGCUUAAUGUGGAGAUUAUCAAUGAGAAUGAGAAUGGGAGGAUGGAGAGGAAUGAGGAGGAUGAGAGAGAGAAGGUUGAUAGACUUUACCUUUACAGAACGGUGGUUGGGACUAGAAAGGACGCACCACCAUGUGUUACCAUUCUCUAGACAUGUUGGUUCUGUUUUAGGCUUCCUAUGUCUUUAGUUUAGCUCUUUCUUCCAAUGUACUUUGAAACAUGAACCUUGUUUUGAUCUGUGUUAAUACAGAAUUUUUGUUUUUUU